GUUCGCGCCGGGCGCCCGCGCCGCCGGGGUCCGCGAGCCGCGGCGGGGCCGGCCGGGCCGCUCGCAUCACUUGGCGCCCGGCGCGGCGAGCGCUGCCCGCGGCCCCCGCGCGGCCCUCCCCACAAAGGGCCGCGGCGCUGCGUGGCCACCGGCCGCGGCUCGCCUCCGCGGGCGCGGAAAUUUGUUGUACUUCUUGGGGCUUUGUUUGUUUGUUUUUCUUCUGGCUUUUUUUUUUUUUUCGUUAUUUUGGACAAAAUGUCGGUCCGUGAUGUAAAAAUUGAGCGAGGAACCUUGGUGGCAUUGGGAGCUUUGCAGAAGGUGCAGUUUGGAUUCUGCUUUUCCCAGGGUGGCAGCUCGGUCUUGGCCGGAUGAAUCUUCUCUGCUGGCCGAGGCAACAAUUAGAGCAGCUUUUUUCCAAGAGAUAACUUCAGCAAGAUGUCAAGUGAGAGGCAAAGGUCCGAUGAUGAGAGCCCCAGCACCAGCAGUGGCAGUUCAGAUGCGGACCAGCGAGACCCAGCCGCUCCAGAGCCUGAAGAACAAGAAGAAAGAAAACCUUCUGCCACCCAACAGAAGAAAAACACCAAACUCUCUAGCAAAACCACUGCUAAGUUGUCCACUAGUGCUAAAAGAAUUCAGAAGGAGCUAGCUGAAAUAACUCUUGAUCCUCCUCCUAACUGCAGUGCUGGGCCUAAAGGAGAUAACAUAUAUGAAUGGAGAUCAACUAUACUUGGCCCACCAGGUUCUGUAUAUGAAGGUGGUGUGUUUUUUCUGGAUAUCACAUUUUCAUCAGAUUAUCCAUUUAAGCCACCAAAGGUUACUUUCCGCACGAGAAUCUAUCACUGCAACAUCAACAGUCAGGGAGUCAUCUGUCUGGACAUCCUUAAAGACAACUGGAGUCCCGCUUUGACUAUUUCAAAGGUUUUGCUGUCUAUUUGUUCCCUUUUGACAGACUGCAACCCUGCGGAUCCUCUGGUUGGAAGCAUAGCCACUCAGUAUUUGACCAACAGAGCAGAACAUGACAGGAUAGCCAGACAGUGGACCAAGAGAUACGCAACAUAAUUCACAUAAUUUGUAUGCAGUGUGAAGGAGCAGAAGGCAUCUUCUCACUGUGCUGCAAAUCUUUAUAGCCUUUACAAUACGGACUUCUGUGUAUAUGUUAUACUGAUUCUACUCUCUGCUUUUAUCCUUUGGAGACUGGGAGACUCCCCAAAAAGGUAAAUGCUAUCAAGAGUAGAACUUUGUAGCUGUAGAUUAGUUAUGUUUAAAAUGCCUACUUGCAAGUCUUGCUUCUUUGGGAUAUCAAAAUGUAUUUUGUGAUGUACUAAGGAUACUGGUCCUGAAGUCUACCAAAUAUUAUAGUGCAUUUUAGCCUAAUUCAUUAUCUGUAUGAAGUUAUAAAAGUAGCCGUAGAUGACUAGGAAUUAUGUCAUUUGUAUUAAGCCCAGAUCUAUUUCUGAGUAUGUGGUUCAUGCUGUUGUGAAAAAUGUUUUACCUUUUACCUUUGUCAGUUUGUAAUGAGAGGAUUUCCUUUUACCCUUUGUAGCUCAGAGAGCACCUGAUGUAUCAUCUCAAACACAAUAAACAUGCUCCUGAAGGCA